AUGUUAGAAUUGCUUCAGCAUAUUUCCCCAGUAUUGACAGUUCCGGAUCGGUUCGUGUGGAGAUGGGAUUCGGUAGGUUUUUCCUUCAAGUCUGCUUAUGCAAAUUUAAUGUCGUGUGUUAGGAACCAGGUGUUGUUGGGUUUGAGUGACAAGAAAGCAUUGAAUUGUAUUUGGAAAACAUUUGUUCCCUAUAAUGUUUCUCUGUUUUCUUGGAGAUUGAUUUUGGCGCGUCUUCAAACUAAAGAUGAGCUUGCUAAAAGAGGCGUCUUACCAUGGAAUCACUGCCUUGCUUGCCCGCUUUGUUUGCGUCAAGAGGAAACUUAUCUUCAUCUUUUUCUUAAUUGUUCUGUGGCUGAGGAGGUAUGGUCUCUGAUCUUGGACUGGAUGGGUUACGUUUAUUCUAAGCCGUCUGUUGGUAUUUCUGACCAUAUGCUGUUGUUUGUUUCGGCUUUGCGGGGGAAGGUCAAGAAAGGGCUUCGGGGUCUUAUUUGGUUAGCCAUUGUAAGGGCCAUUUGGCUUUCUCGAAAUGCUAUUCUGUUUAAGGGCGGUAUAAAAGAGAGUCAGGAUAUUGUAAUUCUAGCCAAAUGUUUAUCUUGGGAUUGGCUUUGUGCUAGAUCUUUGGGCAGUUUAUGGAGGAUAGAUAUAUUUGGUUAUCCAAUCCGUUGGAUCUGUUGUUGUAAUACUUUUUCCAAAUUUGUGUACUUGGGUUGA